AUGUAUAGGCCAAAGAGCAUCGUGCAAAUUUUUCGAGAAUUUCUCACUGUGGUAAAGGAAAAAAAAGAUGAAUUUGCAGACCAAAGAAAAAGAGUUAUUAAUGUUAAAAAAGAUGUUAUCAACAAUGACGAUGAAAACCAAUCAAAAAUUCUUUUGGACAUAUUGUUCAAACUGAACGAUGAAGAUGAAAACUAUUCAAACUCCGAUAUUGAAAGUGAAGUUGUAACUAUGAUGUAUGCGGGUAGUGAUACCAGUGCUAUUGUAAUCUGUUUUUGUCUUUUGAUGUUAGCCAUACAUCAAGAUAUCCAAGAUAAAGUAUAUGAUGAAAUUUACAAUAUAUUUGGUGAAGGUGACCAAACUAUAACUAUGGAAGACACUACAAAACUCGUGUAUUUAGAACAAGUGAUAAAAGAAACUCUUCGAAUGUACCUUGUAGGACCAUUAUUACUUAGAGAAAUUCAAGAGGAUCUUAAAAUAUUUUCAAGUGAUUACGUACUGCCAAAAGGUACAAUCUGUGUUUUAUGUCCAAUAGCCACACAUUAUAAUCCUGAUUUGUACCCAAAUCCUUGGUUAUUUAAUCCUGAAAACUUUAGCCCAGAAAAUGUUGCUAAACGUCAUAGAUAUAGCUUCAUUGCUUUUAGUGGUGGUCCAAGAGGUUGCAUAGGAUCCAAAUAUGCUAUGUGGUCGAUGAAAGUUACUGUGUCAACGUUUUUACGAAAUUUUAGCGUACAUUCAGAUAUGAAAUUAACAGAUAUCAAGUUAAAAUUAGGUUUGAUGAUGAGAAGUGUUCACGGUUAUCCAGUUACAAUUCGACCAAGAGAUAGAAGACCAAUAUACGAGCAUAAGUAAAAUCAGAAUGGGUAAGGAAAAUGCGCGCAAUUGUUGGUUAAUAUGAUGACUCAUAUUUUUUGAACAUUUUUGUGUUGGAUAUCAUUUAUAUUAUAAUUAUAAUAUUAUUAUUAAUACCUAUUAGUGUWUGAUGUUUAUUGUUAAAUACAACAAUACAAAACCAGUAAUACUACAUGGUUUUAAAGGGUAAUACGCUGCUAUAAGUAAUGUGUUUUGUAWGUUUAAUUUUUGUAUUAAAYAUUUAAACUAACAUAAUUAUAUGCCUUAUUAAAAAAAAAUGU